UUAGAAUGAGAAUACGAAUUGAAAAUAAGUUUAUUUUGCUUUAUUCAUUGAUAUAUUGGAAAUUUAUUGAAGCCAACAAAUCUUGUUCAAAACUUGAAACAAUUUUACCAUGUAGGUGCGCAUUUAAAAAUGAAGAAAUUCAAGUAUGGUGUUCGCAUAGCAAUCUUCCCCAAACGAUGGAAGGCAUUAAAGCUGUUGAAAAAACAUUAACCGAUACAAUUGAUGAAUUUAUUUUGGAAAAUAAUCAACUUCCAGCCCUACCAGGAACAUUUUUUGGCAGUUUACGUAUAAUUCGACUAAUGUUACGUUAUAAUGGAAUCGAAAGAGUUUCUAACGGAUGGUUGAACCAAUUAGAAAAUAAUUUAAUUGAAAUAUUUAUGGUAGAACCUAAUCUAAGAAGUAUUCCGGCUGAAAGUUUGCACGGAUUGACUAAUUUGGAAGCAGUUACCAUACAAAGUGACGAAUUAAAACGAAUACCAGAUUUUUCAGGAAUAACAAAUUUGAAAUAUUUGAACAUAUAUAGUAAAUCUCUAAUUGAAUUUCCUCCUAUACACUUUAGAAAAUUACCUAAAUUAGAAAGCAUUCAUCUCAAUGGCGGUAAACACCUAACACGAUUAGAAAUUGGCCUUUUUGAUAAUUUAAAAUCUCUAAGAGUUAUAGAUUUAAGUCAUAACGGAAUUAAUUGGAUUCAUUUAAGAUCAUUAUAUAGAUUACCAAAUUUAAUCAAUUUAAAAUUGUCUGAUAAUAAAAUCAAUGAUGUUGGAAUGGUGGGAAGAGUUGUAAAAGAUUUAGAAAACUUACAAAAGCUACGUUUAGAUCACAAUUUAAUAACAGUAUUGGAAGAAGGUAGUUUAGUCGAUUUGCCAAUGCUAACUGAGUUGUAUUUGAAUGAUAAUAAAAUUAGUGAAAUUCAUUACGGAGCCUUUCAUAGGACACCAAAUUUGCGAAUAAUAUUCCUUCAGAAUAAUAAAAUUAAAAAAAUUCAUCCCGAAUCGUUUAUGCAGACAUCUGGUAGUGGAGUUGAAAGCUUAUACUUAAAUAACAAUGAAAUAGAUCGCAUUGAAGAACUUCGUUCAUUGUUAGAUUCACUACCAGCAUUGAAAUUUUUAGAACUAAGUCAGAACCAAUUGACAGACAUUUCAUAUGGAAUUUUAAGAGGACAUGGAACGUUAGAACAAUUACAUUUAAAUGACAAUUUCCUAAGCAUCAUUGAUAGAGACGCAUUAAUAGCGAUGCCAGCUUUAAGAGAACUUCGUUUACGAAAUAAUAGCUUGUCAGAUAAUCUUCCAAUGCCUUUUUGGAAUUUACCUGGGCUCAAAGGACUGGAUUUGAGUCUGAACAGUUUUCGUCGCAUAAAUAGUGUUCUUUUAUCUGGAUUGCCGUCAUUAAGAAGGCUAGAUUUAAGCGAAAAUUUUCUAAAUGUAAUUGAUCGUAACACAUUUUCUAAUACACCUUUUUUGGAAACUCUAAACAUAUCCAAUAACGAAAUUUUCGACAUAAAUCCCUUAACUUUCAAAAGUUUGGACAAACUAUUUGAAGUUGAUGCAAGUUUUAAUAAGUUUAAAAGAAUUAUUCCAGGAUUACCAAAAAUUAUUGAACGAAUUUCAAUGCGUGGCAAUAUGAUAUCUGAGUUGCCACUACCACAGGCAAGUAAGUCAUUAGACCUGCCUAAUUUAAGAAUGCUGGAUUUGAGCAGAAAUCUGCUAGAAUACAUACCCAAAUUUACAUUCCAGUCAUUGGAACAAUUAAGAGUUUUAAGUUUUGCCUAUAAUAAAAUCAGAGUACUCGAAGAUCUAACAUUCAUGGGCGCAAAUCGAUUAGAACUUCUUCACCUUCAAGAUAACUUAAUAACUGAUGUUGAAAAAAACUCGUUCCAAAUGAUGUUGGACUUGCGUAAUUUAAAUUUGCAGGGUAACAAGAUGGAAAUCCUUUUUGAUAACAUGUUUACUAAUAACUCGAAACUUGAACAACUUGACUUAUCGCGAAAUAACCUUCGCGAUUUACCUCAAUCAUUUUUUAGAAAUCUAAAGAGAUUAGAGUUUUUAGAUUUAUCUGGAAAUAUUCUUUCAGAAAUGCCAGAAAGUUUAGCAAAUAUUAUUAACAUUAAAGAUAUUGACGUGAGUUUCAAUCAUUUAAUGAUUUUACCAUUUAAUAUUGUUGGGGCAUGGAAAAAUGUUGUGGAAAUUCGCCUGUCAAAUAACCAGAUUUCUGAACUAAAGCACGGCACAAUUAUGAAUCUUCCAAAAUUACAAUAUUUAGAUUUGUCUAGUAAUGAAAUUCAAUCUAUUGAACCAAGUGCUUUAAAAAACCUUCCAGAAUUACAGGAACUAGUUUUAGCUGACAACAAGUUAGUUGAAUUAAAAGAUCGUGUCUUUGAAAACUUGAAUAGUUUACAAGCGGUUCACCUACAACACAAUCAAUUAAAAUUUAUUUCUCCCGAGGCUUUCUACAACUUACCAACUCUUGUCUACUUAAAUUUAUCAGAAAAUAAUUUUCACAACAUGGAUAAUGUUGGCUUAAGAAGCAUGAGAAGUUUAGAAGUACUGGAUUUAUCUGCAAAUAAAGUAAAAAUAGUAAAUACCAUGCCUUUAAAAAUAUUAAAUUGGUUAGUUGAGCUAAAAAUGGAUAAUAAUCAAAUAUGCAAAAUUUAUGGUUUGCCAUUUGAAACAAUGCCACGACUGAGAGUAUUGUCGAUUAAGAAUAAUAAGUUGAGAACUAUGCAUGAAAAAACUUUCCAAAAAUUAAGAGGCAAUAUUGCUGUACUUGACAUAGAAGGAAAUCCUAUUAGAUGCAGCUGUGAAAUGCAAUGGUUAAGCGUGUGGCUGGAUGAGACUAAUUCGCCUAAUCCGGGUCCAAAAUGUCAGAACGGUAAACUUUUACGAGCAUCACGUUUGGAUCAAACCGAUUGUGGGGAUUAUAGAUCAUCAAACUAUUUGCCGUUGUUUAACGAGCAUGGCGACUAUUUUGGACGCCAUUUACAAAAUGAGUUCGUUGAAGAUUGCGAAAUUGACUUAACUGCAGAUGUAGAUACUCAGACAUCAAAGCAAAAACCUUUUGCUGUUGAAAGUGAAUAUUUUUAUGACCAAUAUGUAGAUUAUCCAACUAACGACUCUGCAACAUUUUCCGCAACCCCAGUUUCCAUUUCCCAUAUGAUUACGACAACGUCUAAAACAUCUAGCAGUAUAAAUUUAGUGAAUAAUACCCUCCUCAACUUUAAUACUUACAACAAAACAAGGCCACAAUACGGUGGAACGCCAACAUUCACCUUUUUUGGGUACCCUUUACCAAGUCUGAAUUUUGGUAGAUUUUUUAAUCCUUAUUCAAAAACUCCGGAUGCUAAAGGAAGAGAGCAACAAGGGCUUAACGUAAUUAGAUCAAUGAAUCGUGGAAAGGUACGAAUGUUUAAGCCUACUGAUUAUGAAUUUGAGAAGUACUUAAAGGGCGAUUUUCAAUUUUCUGAUGCAAAUUCUCGAAGUGGUAAUUAUAAUUCAGCUGAAACAAGCAGCAUUGGCGAAACGUAUGAUAGAGAUGAAAAUCCUCCAGCUAAUUUUAUGACUGGAAAAUUUAAAAGUCCGUAUAUUGAAAAAGGUGGAUUUUUACCAAUUUUCCCCGGAAGAAUAGGUGGAUUUAUUCCCGUCUUACCAAAUAAUAAGACAUUCCAAAUUUCUGGGAAAACAACUGAUUACAAGCAAAUUGUUUUGGAUACUUCUACGCUAUCUCCUCUUAGCAGCACAGUACAAACCAAAAAUUUUUCUGAUAUAAGUCAAAAUAAAAUUGAUUUGCAAUCUACUACUCCAAAAUUUGUACAUUUUGACUAUCAAACAUCUGAAAAAGUACAACCUACAUAUUAUGUCACUGAAGAUACAGCGCAUAAUGAUGCAAGGACUUUGGAAUCCGUACUCUCAGUUACACCAUCUACGUCGCAGCUUGUAGGGACAGCAAAAGUUUCAGAACAAGAAGAUACUACGGAACAAUUACUUACAGAAGAUAUUUUUCCACUUACAUCAACUUCUGAAACUAUACUUUUAAUACCUCCAGCAGAAGAACAAGAAGAAUUAUCCAUAAAAUUGCGGCCGUGGUCCACCGAUUUUUCUAAAAAUUUCAAUCAACCUGAAGAAGACUAUAAAAUUAUACCUUCGUCUCGGUCAAAUAUUAAAAAAGUAUUUCAGCAAGAAUAUUCGCGCGGAGUAACUUCAACUUCAUCAUAUCAUUCAACUCCGGGUCAGCCUACAGCCGAAGAAUAUUCCAGAGCAUUUCACGCAUCUCAUGCACAAAUAGACAAUGAAUUUCAAUCUAACGAAUUUGUUACUAAUAGUUUCCCUCACACUGAAGAACCAUUUCCAAUAAAAAAGCACGGAAUGGAAUGGUAUUAUGAAAACUACAAAAAUUCAAGAAGGCGAUAUGAACCUGAUAUAGAAACAGCUAAAGGAAAGCCAAAGUCAAUUUUAAGAUCUCAGGCCUUAAAACUUUGGGUUUCUAAUUUUUUUAGAACGAAUUUAAUGUUAAUAUUUUUAGUUCACGUUACUCUUAGAUAAUAUUUUUUUAUAUUUACAUACGAUGUUGCCAAAAUUUAAUGUUUUUAUAAAAAUUUGCUAGUUUUAUUUCGGUAAGUGCAUUAAUGCCAAACUAAUUUUAGUAAAUUUUUACAUACAUAUGUACAUGUAUACGCGAACAUCAAUAUUAAACUUUUAAAGAGACUUAUAUUAAAUAUUGUGUAAUAUGUACCGCCAAGUGAAAAUAAGCUCGAAACAAGUACAUUGUGCGCCUAAUUAAAAAUGUUUAUAUAUCUUCGGCAAAGAUGAAGGCAAAUAAAAUAAUUUAAUAAUGAAAACUGUUAAUUGAUGGCUCAAUAAAAUUUGUUAAAUUUUAU